AUGGCGCCCCCAGCGACGACGGUGCGCACAACGCUUACGCCCACCCCCGGCUUCUGCAUCAAGACCCUCGCGCUCGAGCCCGCGCUCGUCCGUCUCGCCCCGCCUCCCAGCGCGCCCGGCACGCUCGACGUCCCCGCGCCGCACACGCUCCGCGUCCCCAAGGGCAUCAAGAUCUUCGUCAACGUCGCCUACGCAGCGGGCGUGCCCCCGCCCCCGCCCGGGUCCGCCGACGCGAUCCGCCGCGCGGUCGCGGGCGACGACUUUCCCGACUCGCGCCGCGCGGAGGGCGCGGACGGCGCGUGGUUCGUGCCCGUGGUGGUGUCGGAGCCGCGCGAGGAGCGGGAUAAAGCGGGGCGGCCGGCGGUGGUGUUCGACUGCGUGUACAACGACGGGCUGAGGGCGCGCGCGACGGACGCGGCGUUCAAGACCUUUCUCAUCGAGCUCGCGUUCCAGCGCAUCGAGGCGCAGUCCGGCGUGCCGCUCUCGCGGCAGAUCGGCACGCCGAACAUCGCGUUCAAGGGCACGCCCGCGCCGCGCAGCGUGCUCGUCCCCGCCGCGCUCGCCCCGCGCCGGGCGCUCGUCGAGGAGCUCCCCGCUAGUGUGAAACCUCCAGCACAGCGUGAGAGACAGAUCGUGGCGGAGGAGGAGGAGGAGGUGGUGGCGACGGAGGGCGUGCCGCCCGCGCUCGACUGGACGCGCGAAGGGGGCCAGGUGCGGAUCGCACUUAAAGUCCCGAGGCUGACACGCGCGGACCUCGCGCACACGACGCUGGACCUCGAGGCGCGGCGGGUGCGCCUGCGCUCGCCCGUCUACGCGCUCGACCUCGACCUCGACCGCCCGGACGCGGAGCUGCGCGCGAACGGAGAGGGGGGAAAAGGCAUGGACGACGCGGCGGUGGAGCGCGUGCUCGCGCUGAAGCGGGUGCGCGACCUCGACGUCGAGGGCGCGCGCGCGGAGUGGCGGGUCGCGGAAGGCGUGCUGCUCUUGCGCGCGUAG